GCUUCGAAACCGAUCCUGAUAACUCACAAAAUGCGCAGCGCCGUUGUGGUCGUCCUCCUGGUGGUGAUGGCUGUGAGCCUUCAAUUGACACUCGCCGUCAACUUGCAGUACCCAGAGCGUGAGACGGUGUCCGAGUUGGCGGCGCAGAUCCUACGAGUGUCCCAGGGACCCUCGGCCUUCGUCGCGGGACCUCACAAGCGCAACUCGGAGCUGAUCAACUCCCUCCUGGGGAUCCCCAAGGUCAUGAACGACGCCGGAAGAAGAUGAAAAGAAAAUCUAUUGACUUUCUGAACGCCCUGGCCAUGACGACGCCGACGUCUUCCACACAUCGUGCUCAUUAGAUCAAUCCUCCUUGAUAAAAUAAAUGUUGCAACAUUAA